AUUUAUAUGAACGAAUUUUCUGAAUAAAUAGAUAUUUCAAAACUUAGAAUAGAUUUAGGUCAAUAAUGGAAUGAAAUCGAAUUGGAAGUGUUUUUAAAGAUCUUUAGACAAUAAUAAUUGGCAGGAGUUGGCAGAAUGCAAGAGACCUUGAGACAGCUGGGAUAUCAACGAACAACAACGAAUUUAUUGUCUGUGUAUAAGAAGAAUAAAAACUUCUUGGAAUCCAAUCAAAAUUGUACCGCCCAUGACUUGUACCUAAUAUUAAGAGAUCAUUAUGAAUAAAAUGAAUCCUCUGAUAUGCGAACUAUUAAGAAGAUUAAGAAAAAUUAAAAUUAUCGUAAGUCGAUUCCUUAAAAAUUUGAUAUCAAUGAUAAUACAUAGGAUAUGACCUUUUAUUUCAGUUAAACCUAAUGCAUCGAUAACCAAAGUGUUUAUGAUAACAAGAACAUAAGUCAAAAUUUUUGUAAAUGGAUUUAACAUGAAUAUUUUUAUUCACAUUUAGAUUACACUUAUUUUAGUCUAAACGAAUUUCAAUAGAUGUUAACUAAAGCCAGCAUUCCUUUAGGAUCUAAAUCAAUUGCUGAAUGGAGGAUUAUUAAGAUGGCAGUAGGAUAACCUAGAAGAUUUUCAUUUUAUUUCCUUCAAUAAGAAAUGAGUAAAUUAACUAAAUAUCGAUCCGUUAUUCGAAACUACCUAUUUGAUUAGAACUAUCCUAUUCAUAGAGACAUUAGAAAUCUAGAUCUAAUACAUGACAUAGUAAGGUUGGCACCAUUCAAUGUUGAUUAAACAGUUUAUGCUGUGCAUCCAAUCUGCAAACAUGUUCAUGUCGGUUAAAUCUUAUCUACCAAUCUACCUACUAUCACUAUCAAAUUCUCAUAACCUGAAUUGGGAGUACACAAAAUAUCAGAUCAAAAUAUUUAAUUAGAAGUUCAUUAGCAAGUAAAUAAUUUUAAUACACAGAAUGAAAACAAAAAUACUCUGAUUUCCAGUAUAGUUUAGGAAUUGGAUCAUUAUGCCGCAGCAUUUAUGAUUAGAAUUUUAUAGAGGUAUCAUCACAAAUAUUUCAGAAAAUACGCUUUGGUUGGACACUUGAAAUAGCUAAGUUAGAGAUUGCAAGAUGAACCAACUCUUAUAGAAGACUAAGAAUUUAAGGCACUUUAUCAAUGGUCAUUGUAACAAAUCAAGAACUUUGACUCUGCAUCCAAACAUGUUAUAACUAAGUUUAGAAUGAGAGGGUUGGCUGGUUAUUCUUUGCAAUAGGUGAACAAUAAUCUAGAUAAAGUUCUGAGCAUGCCUCUUGCCUACAUGGAAAGAGAAUUAGACCAGAACAAUGUGGAACCAGAAGAGGAGAAGAAGAAUCUGGAAAUCAAAUAGAUCAUCCAUAAAUAAUAGGAUGUAUAUAUAUAAAUUCUAUUUGAAAGGAAAAAAUUAAUUCUCAAUUAAAUUCAUUACUGUAGCAAAAGUUUGCUUUUAUAGAGAAGGAUAGUUGUAAUUAUAUUUCUUAUGAUUUUAUACUCAACAGAAUUAAAACCAUUAGUUUCAUCACUUUUUGGCCUAUUGUAUACUUUAAAUAAUAGUUAAGACUUGAAUAUGAGUUCAAAUACUCAUUGGCAAACAUUAAAAUAGUAUAUCUAAGAGUCACACCCUUAAUAACUACAAGAGAUAUAGGAAUCAAUACUAAGAAUAGUAGAAUUCAGAUUUCAAAGUGAGAAGUUUAGAAUUUUUAAUUUAUUAGUUUCAAUUUUAAAUGACUAAAAUAUCGUCUAAUUUCUAGUUUCUAUCUCCAAUGAGUUUUGA